UACAAAUUGAUUGUACCGAGUGGGAGUUUCCAAGUUAUUAUUACUAAUAGAUAUGUUUCUGUAAUCAUUUCUGCAAUAGAUUCGUGAAAGUAUCAUUUGAAAUUUAUAAUAGUUUAUAGUGAAAGUGUAAUAAUAGUUCAAAAUGUUCAGUUGGUUGUCAAAGGAUAAUAGUAAACAAGAAAUAUAUCAAAAUGUGGUGGAAGGACUUAAAAAUAUUUACAAAAACAAACUUCUACCCCUUGAAGAACAUUAUCAGUUUCAUGACUUUCACUCUCCAAAGUUGGAAGAUUCAGAUUUUGAUGCAAAGCCUAUGAUUCUUUUGGUAGGGCAGUAUUCUACAGGAAAAACCACUUUUAUAAAAUAUUUGUUAGAAAGGGAAUUUCCAGGGAUAAGAAUUGGCCCAGAACCUACAACUGAUAGGUUCAUAGCAGUGAUGUAUGAUGAUAAAGAAGGUAUGAUACCAGGCAAUGCUCUUGUGGUUGACCCUAAGAGGCAGUUUAGACCUCUGUCUAAGUUUGGCAAUGCUUUUCUUAAUCGUCUUCAAUGUUCCUUGGUAAACUCUCCAGUACUACAGAAUAUUUCAAUUAUAGACACCCCUGGCAUACUAUCUGGAGAAAAACAAAGAGUUGACAGAGGAUAUGAUUUCACUGGAGUACUUGAAUGGUUUGCAGAAAGAGUUGAUAGAAUUAUCCUUCUUUUUGAUGCACAUAAACUUGAUAUUUCUGAUGAAUUCAGAAGAUCAAUAGAAGCUCUACGAGGUCAUGAUGAUAAAAUUCGUAUAGUUUUAAAUAAAGCUGAUAUGAUAGAUCACCAGCAACUUAUGAGAGUAUAUGGAGCUCUUAUGUGGUCUUUGGGAAAAGUAUUACAAACACCAGAAGUGGCUAGAGUUUAUAUAGGUUCAUUUUGGGAUCAACCAUUAAGAUAUGAUGUAAAUAGGAGACUUUUUGAGGAUGAAGAACAAGACUUAUUUAAAGAUCUACAAUCACUACCAAGAAAUGCUGCUCUUAGAAAAUUAAAUGAUUUGAUAAAACGAGCUAGACUCGCACAGGUUCAUGCCUAUAUUAUAGCUGAACUUAGGAAAGAGAUGCCUUCGGUAUUUGGUAAGGAUUCAAAGAAAAAAGAACUAAUCAAGAAUUUAAGUCAUAUAUAUGACAAAUUACAAAGGGAGCAUCAUAUUUCUCCAGGAGAUUUUCCGGAAUUAAAAAAAAUGCAGGAAGUUCUAAUUAAUCUAGAUUUUAGUAAAUUCAAUCCCAUAAAACCAAAAUUAUUAGAUAUAGUUGAAAGAAUGUUGUCUGAUGAUAUAUCAUUAUUGAUGGCAAAAAUUCCAUUGGAAGCAGAUGAGAAGUCUGCUAAGAAUGGUGAUGGUAUGGUUCAAGGUGGAGUAUUUACAAAUGUUAAAGAUACAAUUUCACCAUUUGGCUAUAAGAGGGGUGAAGGUAUAGAUGCUGGAGCAGGAGAGUUAGACUGGAUAGUACUCAGAGAGAAGCCUAAAUAUGAUGAAAUAUUCAAUUCAUUGUGUCCUGUGGAUGGAAAAAUUACAGGAACAGCUGCAAAACGUGAAAUGGUGAAGUCGAAGCUUCCAAACUCAGUACUUAGCAAGGUUUGGAAACUAGCAGAUGUGGAUAGAGACGGUAUGUUAGACGAGGAAGAAUUUGCUUUAGCUAUGCAUUUAAUAAAUAUUAAAAUUGAUAAUAAUGAUUUACCGUCAGAGUUACCUACACAUUUAAUCCCACCGUCAAAACGUUAAUUUCACUAUUUUUGUAUCACAAUCCGCAAGUGCUAUUCAUUUUAUAGAUUUUAUCAAAUAUAUCUAGAAGUAUCGACUUUUACUGCUGCUGCAAAACAGAUUCGCUUUGAUAAAUAUUCGGAGAUUAAAUAAUUUUACAAAAUAUAUUGCUGCCAGUCUCAUUUGCUUUAACAUUAAUGUUGUUGAUUUUGUUUUAAACAAUUUUUACAAAGUAAUAAUAAAUUCAAAAAAAUGUUGGAAGCUGAAGGUACCAAAGACAUUAAGUGUCAUAUUCACAAAUUGCACGAUAGUUUGAAAACAAUUUGAGUUAGCAACAUCUUAACAUAUUAUUAAAUUCAAAUAGUAAGGGAUGGAAUACAAACUUUUCUAUAGAAAAUAAAAUAUUAAAACUGAAAGGCUCCCAUAAUGAAAAAGUAUAAAUUGGAGAUAUUAGUUAAGCUGUUGCUUGUGCAAAAUAUUUUUUCAACAUUUUUGCAGUGAGGAAUAAGGAAAGUUAGACUAUUUUAUUAGCGGUAAUCUCAUUGGUGGUUUUUUAAUUUUUUGUUUAGUUCUUUGAUUAAUUGAGAAUAUUCUUCUAUAUGAUGUAGUCUGUUGGAGUUGCUAAUAUCAUCGGGAAAACAAAAUCAAACUUUUUUCGUCGCGGCGUUUAACCAUAACAUCGUUUUCAGUGUUACUGAUACUAUACAAUAGUGAAUAUUUCUAUUAUUCACCUGAAACUUCAUCAGCAACCAACUGUCUUCAAAAGAAACCUGUUUUCAAUUAGUUAUGAAGGGAAUAUGUUUUUGUUAAAUAAGAGAAAACCUUAGUUGUACAUAAUAUUGUUACCUCCAUUAAAUCCUCUUCAUCAGAAGCUGAAUCCAUAUUUUCACUUAAGCUACUGCUUAGACUUUCUAAUUCAUCAUCAGAACUAGGAGAAUAAACAAUUCAUUUUGAACCUUUGGCCAAAUAAUGUCAUUUUCUUUAAUCAGAUCUAUGCACAGAUGGCUCUAAUGGUUGUCCAUAAAAUUAUACCUUUUUUUAGAUGACAGGUUCUGCUAUGAAUAAAAAAUGUUUCGCUUCAAAGAUUCUAAAGAAAUUCUUUGUUUAUAAUUAUUUGAAAACUAUAGAUGCCAAUGCCUGCUUUAUCUUCUCAUUCCCAUUUAUGAAACCUAGGCUUCUGACUAUAUAAAAAUAUUCACCACCAACUUUCUACAUAUUUAAGAACAAUUUUUGGAAACGUACAUGUUUUGGAAGUUCAAUAUGUUGCUAGUUUUAACAGCUUUAUAAUUUCAAUUAUAAAGAAAGAAGCUCAUCUAUACUAUCAACCUUGUCUCAGCAUUUAUAAAUUGAUUUUGACACCUAGUGCCUUUGGAAGGGCACUGUUCAAAUAUUUUCAAUAGCUAAGUUGAUCCUAGAAAAAAUAGAGUUAUACUAACAAAUACUCGAGAAUAAAAUUACGACUAUAUUUAAUUAUUUAUUUUUUGCGUUAUAUAUUAUAUUUAAAUAAUUUUUUAAACUAUUUAUAUUAAAAUACAUUUGCGGAUGUUUUGAUCUUUAUACAAAAUUGAACUAUUUUUGUAAUAUUUAUCCAAUUAUAUAAUCCAACACUCUUUUUAAACUCAACAAAUAUUUAAAACUCAAAAAAAAGAAUUUUAUUUCAGUUUAUUAAAAACUUUUGUCCUUUUAUAUUGUACGGAUUACUUGGAAUAAAUUACGACAAAUUCGAAAUUUAAUUUAAAAUACUAUUAGCACAAUAAAAAUAAGAAAUGUAUUCGAUAUUGCAGUAACUGAAAUAGAGCUGAAAAUUGUGACUGAUACUAGAUAUGCCAUGAUCAAAAUCAAAAGUCAAAAGCAUUGGUUUUUCCGGUGUUACCAUAUCGAAAAAAGAAUAAAAAAAUCUGCACGCAGCAGAAAAUUUAAUGAACUGAAUUAAUUUCUACUGAUGUUUCAUUUCAAUUUAAUCACUAGAUUAUCAUAAUCAGUAUCCAUAUCAUUCAUACUGAACUGUUAAUUAGCAAAAUGAAUUAAUAUAUUUGCAUUAACAUUUUUAGUUCUACACUAACUUAAGUAGGUACACUGUUUCAAAUGAACAACCAAUCAUUUAAAAAUAACAAUUCCAAAGUAGAGAUGUUUAUUUAAAUUAUAUUUCCAAAUGAGUCAGAAAGAUCAUGAGGCUUGGACUUUGACUAUAUCUUUAUUGUCUGGAUAACUUCCCUUGUUAUUCGAAAAAACAAAAACGGAAUUCCUAUUGAUUCGCCGUUUUCUUUUUUUUUUUUGAAGAUAUGAAGAGAAGUAUAAAUUCGAUAAGAGAACAUAAAAUUUUGGAAGGUUAUUUAUUGAAGUGGUUCAUUUGAUUUAGGGGCUAUAUUUUCAUCUUUAAUUGAAGUUCUAAAUAAUUACAAUUUUAUAUUUAGAACUUGCUAAAAAUGUGAUUCUCUCGCCCAAAAAGUGAUUUUCGCUUCUCGCAGUUUAAUUUUUAAGUAGAUACAAUGAUAACAAUCAAAUAUGACUGGUCAGAAUUGGUGUAACACAUAACAAAACAGUAACAUUCUUUUGAGGUAUGCAAACAACCAGAUGUCAGAUCUGGACUGAGUGAUGAGUGGCAAAGUAAUUUGUUAUAUUUGACCAUAAUUUUCAUCAAUUUGUAACAUUGUACUGAAUCAACAUUUCAUUCUUUUGAAUUUGGAGAAGUUAUUUUCUUCUCUCAAUUCCUCAAUUCCAGUUGUUUGAGGAAUAAGGAGCUUAUAUUCCGGAACUUACAACAGCAUCCUUGCCAGUGAUAAUGAUAUUAGAAAUAUUUUGUUGGUCGGCACGUUUAAGUUAUAUAUCAGCGCCAUAUUUAAAAUAGUGCUUGUGUUGCUUACAAUUUCACGAUUCUAACUUAAAUAUAUCUGAAGGAACGUAUAGACCUCCAAAGUUAUUAUGUAAUAACAAAAAAUAUAAACUACAAUCUAUAUCAAAAAAGGAGAUGUUAGGUUUCGCAACAAUUAGUAUCAUUUUUUAAACACAGUUUGACUCAUCUAGUGAAUCUGAUUACGAUCAGAUGUUGGUUGUUGUUUUUCACUAGUACAAUAUAGCAUCAGUUUAUGACAUCAUUACCACUGGGCACGGUACUGCUAGCAUAUAUUUUGAAAUACAAGUAGAAUGUGUGAUUGAAGAAUUUUGAAAUUUUUAAAAUCGCUGUAAUAAUUUUGGAGAAGAUGUUAUUUGUACCAUCGAUUCUCAUAAAUCUCUCCAAUAGCCUCAUGUGCACAUUGUGAAAGGUUUUUACUAAAACAAAUUAAACCAGCUUCUCAACCAAACCUACUCUACACAUGUUAAUACAACAACAUCUAAAUAUUUUUCCUUGUAUUUAACCGUAGUCCUCAAUUUUUGCUGUUUUGAUGAUAACUACCAAUAAUAAAACAGAUUUAUGGUAACACAAUUUCAGAUUGUAACAAGUACAUUCGCCAUUAAUAUUUGGUUGGUGUUAAUUGUAAAUAUGGCAAGGGUGUUUACCUGUUCCAUGAAAUAUGUAAUACAGGGUGUAGUCAUAGCAAAUAUAAACUGACAAGAACUAUGUACCAUUUUAUAGGAGUUUUUAAUAUAAUAUUGGAAAUGUUCAGUUACGACAGAGUAGUUCAAACAAUUCGCAACUUUGCAACACAAAAUAUUCGCUCUUGAAUAAGUAAUUUCAAAUGGAUAGUUAAAAUAAGACCUUUUAAAACAGACUCCUCAAAUCUCCUUUUACAUGGCUUGCAAUAUUAACUCCUAUGCACUAGUUAUUUUUAAAAAUGUUUAGUGAUGCUAUUUAUAGAAUUAGGUAUAUAUGAAGACAUUGAAACAAUAUGAACUGAAUAAAAUUCUAAGCAGUAUAUGUGAAUGUAAUGAAUGAUAGAACAGUAUAUCCUAAUCAAAAGUAUCCAAUCUCUUUUACACUUUCUUUAUAUUGUCUUAACAUACUGUGGGAGCAAUUGUAAGGAUUGGAUAAUUAACUGUUUUUCUUACUGGAUUUGCCAUUACUUCAAUUUUAAAUUCUUUUCAAUAUUUUUGAAAUGAUUUCAAACAUAAAUUUAAAAAACCAUGUUCACAAUAAUGAAAAAUGGCGAGAUAUGUAUGGAACAUUAUAUUUACAUUUGCUUUAUUUUACAAAUACCAAAAGUUUUGUAAUACUAGUUCUAACUAAAUAAUAAUCUAAUAUAUUGGCGGAUCAUAUUCGGAAAAAAAUUGUAACAAUCAAAUCUAAUGUAGGUAAUUGAUAUUUGUUACACUGUAACUGAUUGGACUUGCUCUAAUGAUUUUUAAAAAGCUAGAAUAAGGCUAUAAAAACAACAACAAAAACAACCUGAAGUUGUUUCUAACAGUUGCAAUUUAUAAGAUUAUAUUACUCAUAAAUAUACUUUCAUAUUUUUGUAUCUCUUAAUGUGAUAAAGAGGUUCACAAUUCUAUCCAACCUAUAAUUAUAAACUACUAAACAAUAGUUUGUGACUACCAAGAAAAAUUUUACCAUUUAUUAGCAAGUCAUCGUACAUUUUAAUAAUAAUAGUUUUUUUAGUCUCAAGACUAGCCUAUGUGACAGCUUUACGAAAAUUUUGCCACCUAAUCUAUCUCAUAUAUUUUUAGUUAACUUCUACAAUAUCUAUUAAUUAUACUUCUUGUCUCAUGAAUUAUUCUAUGAUUUUACCUAUUUUUUUCAAUUAAAAAAACACGGAAGUCAACUUAUUAUAGUUAUAUAAUGAGGUAUGAUUUUGUGGAUCAAAGUAUUUUCCAGAUACUAUACUUAGAUUUCAUUAAAAUACAACUAUAAAAAUAUAAAGAAAAAUUCACGUAGUCAGACACUUGUGGGUGGCAGUGUGAAAAAAUAUCUAUCCUCUUUUAUCAUUUCUAUAGAUCUAAUUGUAGAACUUUAUUUUCCUACAUUAUUUUUUUCCAAGUAUUGAUCUUCCAUUAUCCCAUUUAAUUGGCAAUUUUACUAUGAACAAUGUGAUAAAUAAAUUCGUAGCAUGUAUAUUUGUAUUAUAAAUCACACUGUAGAUAAGUUUAACUUAGGUCACUUAAUAUGUUUAUUUGGGUUGGAGCAUACCCUCAACUGCCGAAUGAAUUUAAAUUAUUGACAAAUUUAAUAUAUUUUUGUAUAUUAUUUCACCCAUACAUUUAUAGUUGUUAAGCACUUGUAGAGUUUGUUAAUAUUAUUUGAUAUCCUAUCAUUAUUUAGUAGUGAAUAAUUUAAAAGAAAAAAUAAAUGAAUUUAUAUGUUA